UGAAAUGACACAGUUGUACUGUAAAAACACCAUCCCACAGACUUUGCUGCCAGAGGAACUCGACAGCCAGCGCUGACAGAGCUGAGAGCAGGAUUGUUCAAGCCAUGGAGCGAGAGCCAAUGCGCAUAAGGGAGGGGUACUUGGUUAAGAAGGGCAGCAUGUUUAAUACCUGGAAGCCAAUGUGGGUUGUGCUCUUAGAAGAUGGAAUUGAAUUCUACAAGCGGAAGGCUGAUAACAGUCCCAAAGGGAUGAUCCCACUAAAAGAAAGCUCUAUUCACAGCCCAUGCCAAGAUUUUGGCAAAAGAAUGUUUGUCUUCAAGCUUACAGUGGCCAAGCAGCAGGACCACUUUUUUCAAGCUGCCUACCUGGAGGAGAGAGAUGCCUGGGUGCGGGAUAUCAAGAAAGCAAUUCAUCGCAUAGAUGGAGGCCAAAGAUUUGCCAGAAAAUCCACAAGAAAGUCCAUCAGAUUGCCUGAAACAAUCAAUCUGAGUGCUUUGUACCUCUCAAUGAAAGAUCCUGAAAAGGGAAUCAAGGAGUUGAAGCUGGAAAAAGAUAAAAGAGUGUUUAAUCACUGCUUUACAGGCACCUGUGUGAUUGACUGGCUGGUGUCCAGCAGCUCCAUCCGAAAUCGCAAAGAAGGUCUCCUGCUUGCCUCUUCCCUCUUGAAUGAAGGCUACCUACAGCCUGCUGGGGACACGUCCAAGGCAGCUGCAGAGGGACUGUCAGACACCCCCUUCCUGGAUCUCAGUGACGCCUACUAUUACUUUCCAGACAGUGGAUUUUUCUGUGAGGGAUAUUCCAGUGAUGAUGAUGUGGUCCUAAAAGAAGAAUUCAGAGGCACAAUUGUCAAACAAGGAUGUUUGCUGAAACAGGGACAUCGGAGGAAGAACUGGAAAGUGAGAAAGUUUGUUUUGAGAGAUGAUCCUGCAUAUCUUCACUAUUAUGAUCCGGCUGGAGGAGAAGAACCAUUGGGAGCAAUUCACUUGAGAGGCUGCGUGGUGACAGCAGUGGAAGAUAUGCCAGACACCAAGAAGCAUGAUGCUGACAACAUCCUCUUUGAAAUCAUCACAGCAAAUGAAAUCCACUAUUACUUGCAAGCAGCCUCAUCCACAGAGCGUACAGAAUGGAUCAAAGCAAUCCAGUCAGUUUCUAGGACUGGUAAAUGAAGAUGACAACAAGACAGACAAAUUAAAUUAGUUACUCAAAGCAGAAUUUAGCAUUUCCCUAAGAGAAAGCAGUAUCAUCCCAAAGGGCUUGUAUGUUGGAAUUGAGGACUGGGUAGAAGUUUCAAUUUUAUAGUGGACACUAACAAACUAACAUUUUUCCACUUGUGUUAUGGUAAUAUUUUACUAAAUUAUAGCAUAGAAUAUGCCAUAUUAGUGUGUUGCUUAGUGUAAUCAGUUGACUUUGACAAGGUUGUACCUGUUGCCACAGCUGAUAGUGGGAACGUCACCACUAACAGGGAACACAGUCAUGUCACUGACAGAAAGUACCUCAAUUAAUCACUCUCUUCAGCCUGUGAUGUGUUUCAGGAUUUUCAUGUAUUUCAGUCUUCUCCAGGCAAUUUUUACACUUUCUUCUUUACCAGAUCUUGUUGCUGCUUGUUCACUUAUACAAAUAAUGCCAUAAGAUAUAAGGAAAAGAAGUCAACUCAUUUGGAAACCUGAUCCACUCCUUUCCAAUCUGUCAGCAUUAAGAGAAGGAAGAAUGCAGACAGCUAUGGAAACGCCACAGUAUAACUCCACGGAGUUAUACUCUUUGGAACCAAGUGUAACUCCAUGACAGCAAUAUGAGGAAAAGUCUCUUCUCACAGUAUUUCAAACACAAAGGAAUCUCACUCCAAACUCCAUAUCACCCAAUUUUAAACCUUGCCAAAUUUCUCCACAAGAAUCUGCCCCGGGACCAUUGUUUCCUUUUAUUUAGGUCUACAAAGCAGUUGCUGGGUUGUUAGGUACUGCACUCUAUUUGAAUUAAGAAUCUUGCAGGAGAAGGGCAAGGAUGCGUGAGUUGGGUACUUGAACUUGAUUGAAGUGCUUUUGAUAGGUUUUCCUUUUUUAACCUCCAGCAACAUACUCAGUCCUUGAUUCUGUGCCUUAGCAAUAUAAGAGAAACCUUGUGCUUGUAACUGAAAUAAAUAUUUUUAUUUAAUAAUCA